AUGCGGCGCGGCAAGCGCGAGCGGACGAGGAAAAAGAGCGGCGCGGUUGAGAAGAAGUGCCGCGACAUCUUCAGCGAGGCGUGCGGCCCGAUUGGCCUCGUCAACAACGGCGGCCGCACGGUUGACCCGCACCGGCUGGCGCCUGCGUGGGGCUUCGAGGUGCUCCCCGCGGUGAAGCAGGUGCUGCUCGCGCGGCUCCCAGUCUUUGGCGACCAGGCGCGGGCGGUGUGCGAGAAGCACUGGUGCAAGUACUUGCGCCCGCCUUGGAUCUUCUUCCUGGUGACCGACGAGGCGCAGCAGCACGAGCAGCGCGAGGAGGAGGAGAACCGCAGCCCGCGCGACUGGCUCGGCCCCUACUUCGCCCGGCUGAUCGUCAAGAUGUGCCUGCCCAUGCAGAGCUGCCCCGCGGCUGACGCGUCGACGUUUGAGGACGAGGACUCGAAAGAGGAGGCGCACAUCCUCGAGGACCACGUCAAGCAGCACCAGGCCGAGAUCAAGAUCGCGUUCCACGCGCUCGGGCUCGGCGACAACGCGGCAAAGAAGGCCGACUGGGCGAAGCUCUGCGACGAGAAGCGGAAGAUCAACUGGGAGGACCCUGCCGACCUCCCUGCGCUCCACUCGUUCUUCCAGGCCUACGCGUUUGGCGCCUCGAUCGGCAACCAGAAGAUCGAGGAGACCUUCUCUCACUACACUCACCACACAGUCGCGCAGCAGGGGGAGGACCUCAAAGAGGCGGAGACGUACCUCUCCGUGGCGCGCGAGCCGGAGCGCGCCGAGCGCCGCCUCGUCCGCACAGGCUACAAGUCGAGGCAGUGCGAGCCCGACUCGGACGACGAGACGGACGGCGACUUCAUCAUCAAGCCGCUCGAGCAUCCCGACCGAUCCGCUAAGCAGCAGGUGAUGCGGGCCGAGCAGCUGAUCGCACGGACCGACGCGCGGGGCAAGGCGAUGGACGCGAUCGAGGGCGGCAUGAAGAGCGCGACUGAGCUUCGACAAGGGCGCGCCACGUCGUGGGAGCUGAUGAACCUGCGCGAGGCACGCGGCGACAUGGCUGCUGCCCACGAGCGGCGCGUCAAUGGCAGGGCGGCUCUCGGCAGCGACCCCUUCGCCACGCAGCGCAUCGCCUUUGAGGCGGAGGUGCGGGGCGCCACGCCUGCCGAGACGAGCGCUGGGAGCCCCGCGCGCCGGCCGGCCGUACGCUCGACCGCCCCAUCGCCAGCCUCGGUUGAGAAGCCGCCGCGCAGCAAGCAGCGGUCGUGUGAUGGCGGGGGGGGGCGACCGGGGAUGCGGGCGCGCCAGAGUAUCGACUAUACGGGCAUGGAGUAG